GGAAGACCUGGAAUGGAGAGAGGUCAAAGUCCUAUUCCUCCUUCCCCUCCCUCGCCCACCCACAUCAAUCCUAGCCGGGACCCUCCUUGGGCAUCCGCUCUGAUCUUCUCUGGCCCGGCCCGUUGGCCACGAGCACCCGCUUUCCGUGGGCAUCACAGGGCAGCUUUUCCAAGCGGACCUCUCUGUUGAUGCUCCUUCUAGCGCCAGAGAAUCCAGCUAUGGGGAAGCCUAUUACAAGUCUAAAUAUGGGAAACUCAUUGGGUCCUUCCAACGGGACCAGACUUGCAAUGGAAAAGGAGAGUUGAGAGGCAGAUCGUCCCCUCAAACCCCAAAGAAAGCACUACUCUUACUUCUCGUUCUCCUAGCCCCAGACACAGAAAAAUGAAAGGAAGUAUUGGCCAUUCAAGGUGAUAGAACCUCCCCAGACCAUGCUGGUCGGUUCCCAAGGACGGGACCUGGACCACCAUCCAAGGUCCGAGGGGCUAAGUUGUUUUCCUCAACUCAGGGGCCCCCAGGAAGAUACUCCAUUUACCUCUGGAAGAGUCCCACUUGGGUACUCUUCUGGCAAUGAAGAGCAAUAGAGGCAUUCGGAAAGCAAGAGGCUAGGAGUUAGGAGAGUAAGGCAAGGAGGGGCCAACCCCAGGUGUAUGUAGCCCUGUCUCCCGCUCCCCCAGCCCCCAGAACCAACCAGCAGAUGGAAACAGUUUUUGCUGCCUGUGGCUGCUCACAUGUGGUUUUGGAAUUUUCCAACGCCUGUUGUGAUUGGCUGCCUUACCUAACACCCUCCCCCACACACACACCCCCUUCCAUCGCCCAGGCCCAGAUUGGCCACAAGGGGUGCCCAUCACCCCUUUCCCUCCCCUGGUGAGGGGAACGUCCCAAAGCCACCUGUGCACUGUUUAGUUUAAACCCCCUCCCCAUUGCUGUCUGCGCAAAGUGAGGCGAGGAGAGGUGUGGAUCCCGUGGGUUGCUAGUGCUGCUGACAGACCGCCUCCUGCUGUCCCUCCCGCCCAGCACUCUCAGUGCCCAGGUGCCCUUCGGCCUCCCCCAGGACCCACAGGUCAUCUGCCAACCAGGGUGGCUCAGCCAUGAGAACUCAGAUUGAAGUGAUCCCUUGUAAGAUCUGUGGGGACAAAUCUUCUGGGAUCCACUAUGGGGUCAUCACCUGUGAAGGGUGCAAGGGUUUCUUUCGCCGGAGCCAGCAAUGUAAUGUAGCAUAUUCCUGUACCCGACAGCAAAGCUGUCCUAUAGACCGUACCAGCCGGAACCGUUGUCAACACUGUCGCCUACAGAAAUGCCUGGCAUUGGGCAUGUCUCGGGAUGCUGUCAAGUUUGGCCGAAUGUCCAAGAAGCAGAGGGACAGUUUGCAUGCAGAAGUGCAGAAGCAACUGCAGCAGCAGCAGCAGCAGCAGCAGCGACAAGUUACCACUCCCCCCCCUGCAGGGACCAGAGGGGCAGAGACCCCUGCCUAUGCGCUUGCCCUCCCCAGUGGACAGUUACCUCUGGGUUCCUCACCUGAUCUGCCCGAGGCCUCUGCCUGCCCCCCUGCUCUCCUUGGCACCCCAGGCCCUGGACCCUCCUACCCUAGUAGUCUGGCCAAAAUGGGGCUGGCCGGAGCCGUGUACUCCAAGGGGUACAGCCCAGAUCGGGCAAAGGCCGAGGUCGGCAGGGCUUUCUAUGGCUUGGGGAGCCAGCUGUCCCCUGACAGGUGUGAGCUCCACAUCGGGGAACCCCGACAUCUGGUGCUUGGGGAGCCAAGCCAGGGGAGGGACUUGUACAGCAGCCCCAGCUUCCGCCUCGAGCUCCCCAACGCCUCCCUGACUGAGAUUGAGCACUUGGUCCAAAAUGUGUGUAAGUCCUACCAAGAGACCUGUCAGCUUCGACUGGAAGACCUGCAGCGGCAACGUGGCAACGUUUUUUCUCGGGAGGAGGUGACCAACUAUCAGAGAAAGUCGAUGUGGGAGAUGUGGGAGCGCUGUGCCCAUCGGCUCACCGAGGCCAUCCAGUACGUGGUGGAAUUCGCCAAAAGGCUGGCGGGCUUCAUGGAGCUGUGUCAGAAUGAUCAGAUUGUGCUGCUCAAAGCAGGAGCCAUGGAGGUGGUCCUGGUGAGGAUGUGCCGGGCCUACAACGCUGAUAAUCGCACCGUCUUCUUUGAGGGCAAAUAUGGAGGCAUGGACCUGUUCAGAGCCUUGGGCUGCAGUGAGCUCAUAGGUUCCAUCUUUGAUUUCUCCCACUCCCUGUGCGCUCUGCAUUUCUCUGAGGAUGAGAUUGCUCUCUACACAGCCCUCGUUCUCAUCAAUGCCAACAGGCCAUGGUUACAAGAAAAAAGGAAGGUAGAGCGAUUGCAGCAUAAUUUGGAGCUGGCAUUUCACCAUCUUCUGUGCAAGACUCAUCGCCAAGGCAUCCUGGCCAAGCUGCCACCCAAGGGAAAGCUUCGGAGCUUAUGUAGCCAACACAUGGAGAAAUUGCAAUCCUUCCAGCACCUCCAUCCUGUUGUUGUUCAAGCUGCCUUCCCUCCCCUCUACAAGGAACUCUUCAGUACAGAAACUGAACCCCCUGGAGUGUUAUCUGACUGAGUUGAAUGGCCAAUCCCCUCCCCACCACAGCCUCCUGUCCUAACCUCAAGCCCUCCACCACCGUCUCCCCAUUGCCCAACCAUCAUCCACUUUCUCCUCCUCUGUCCCCUUUUCCACGGCCUCCAGAAAUGGCCUUAGGGUAAGCUACCAUUCAGGCCAGUUGACUUGAAUUCAUUCCCUGGAGCAGGUUCGUUCUUACUGACCAGUCUGGCAGUAGUAGAGAUGGCUAAAGGGAAAAAUGUUGGGAUCUCUCCAACCACAACUUUAUGAUGCUUAAUAUUCCCCAUCCCUCUAAACUCCUGAGGCUUGAGAAGCAAAGCAGUGGAUAUGGGAGAGAGGGGAAUCACGGCAACAGAGAAACUUGGGGGGCCACACUCGACAAACUCCGAUUCUAAGCUCUGAACCCAAGAGGGGAAUUUUUGAAAUACCUCAUUUCAUUUCCCAGAGGGCUGUGGUCAGGGGAAGCUAGAUCAAGCUCAAAAACAGAGUUCAAACCCAAAAGGAACUGUUCAUUUUAUGAAUGGCCACAUUUCUUCAUGCCUUUUCAGGGAGUUAGGAGUGCUGAUGAUGUGGGUAGGGGUGGAGAAAGGAGGUUAGAGAUAAUAACUGCAGGAGUUCAAUGUCUAGGGGUGAUGGGAAAUAAGACUGGAUUGACAAAUAUGAAGGGAGGGUGAGAACAAAAGUCAUAUGCACUUUAGACACGGGAUAAAGGAAUUGGUACAAACUAUAAAGUGUUCAUACAAAGGAAAAACACUUAAAGAUGUAUAAACAAGGUCCUAUCAAAUACACAA